GUGAUAUAAAUGAUUUAUUCGGAAUGCAAUUAACUUUGCAAAUGAUAACCUAUUUUAUUAUUUUGAUCUCAUCAUUUUACAUUCAAUAUCAUAUGAUAUUAUGUCUAAAACAAAUACAUGGGAGCAAUACAGCUAAACUGAAACUUAUACUCAGCAAUGACAUGUGGGGCAUCAUUUUCUUAACAAAAUUUAUGUCAGUAAAUCAUAUUUGCGAAAGUGUUAGUGCCAAGGUGCAAAAAACUAAAAUCUUGAUACAUAAAUUAACAAUUCUUAUACGUUUCACUGAAACCCGUAAGGAGAUUUACCAGUUUCUUUUGCAAAUAACACUUCGACCGUUGAAAUUCAAUGGAAUGGGCAUGUUUCAUUUUGGAUAUAAAUUUAUUUAUAAGUUCUCCAUCUGGGUUCUCACUGUUAUUGUUUUUAUAAUACAAAUGGAAACUUCUCCUAUGUCUCAAAAAUCAAUAUCUAAUAGAGAAAACUUAACAUGUUUUGAUAGAGAUCUAUAGAAUCAUUUAUUAUAAUUAUUUA